UUUUGCAUUAAACUCGCGACCGCUUGCCAAGGCUUUGCAUCCCUGCGCUUGACUUCGAGUAGACUGGCCCGGAUGAUUGCCGGUAUUCUUGGGGCCGGCAUUGUAGCCCGAUGGGUAACGGUUCCGUGGCCUACGCUGUUUCCCGCGUUGCGCAAGGCAUGCGCGUUCAAUCACACAGUAGCCGCUGCCGAUUGUUUUUCGUUUCACGGUCAGUGGCCUGCUGAUGAGCGGGAGCAGUUUUGUGCCGAUAUGCGCAUAGUUCCCCAGUUCGUCGACCAGAAUGAGGAACGCCGAUUGAUGGACGAAAUUGAUCCGUAUUUACGCCGGUUGCGGUACGAGUUUGAUCACUGGGAUGAUGCAAUUCAUGGGUACCGGGAGACGGAACGGAAACACUGGCAGCCCGCAAACCGUGCCAUACUGGAUCGAAUCGCGGCAGAUGCGUUCAACGGGAACGCCAUGCCGUACGUUCAUGUCCUCGACCUGGCCGAAGAAGGAGUUAUAAAACCCCACGUAGACAGCGUUCGGUUCUGUGGUAGUACCAUUGCCGGCAUCAGCCUGCUGUCGGAUUCGGUGAUGCGUUUGGUACGCACCAACGACGAGGAGCAGACGAACGAGGAGUAUCGACAGCUUUUUUCCCAACACCGAGACGCCAAGUAUUGGGCAGACGUUUUGCUGCCACGCUGCUCGCUGUACGUAAUGAGAGACACGGCUCGGUACAAGUUUACACACGAAAUCCUACCUAACGCGGAAUCCGUCUUUCGCCAGCGACAAAUCCGAAAAACACGCCGGGUGUCGAUCAUUUGUCGGAACGAACCAGAAUGAGCAUCGCUCCCGCUAGUCGCUAGUGUAAUUGUGCGCGUUCGGUAAAUGAAUAACCUUUU